GCAGCGGGUGCUUGGACGCUUGGACUCGGUAGACUCCUUUUGCUUCACGUGCACAAACCAAUUGGCAAACAACACACCGUGACACAGCUCUCUCCCUCUCCAUUUUGUACCACUGAUGGUCCAGAUGGACGCUCUUCAACUCCCGGAUUCUUCUGGGGGUAUGGCGAUGCUGGCUUUUACCGCACUGGGCGCGCUGGUGCUCAUGUACCUCAUGCUCCAACCCGCACGAGCGCCAGCAACGGACGAUGACGAGUCGGCUGCGGAUCGGCCGCCACCUCCGAGGAACUUCACCAUCGAACAACUGCAUGAGUUCGAUGGUCGUGACGAGGCUACUCCCGCCUACGUGGCCCUGAGGGGCGAAGUGUUCGACGUCAGCUCCAAGCCGGAGCACUACAAGGUAGGCGGUGGGUACCACCUCUUCGCAGGGCACGACGCCUCCUACAGCCUCGCCACGGGAUCGCUCGACCCGGCGGAUCUCGAGAAGAGCUGGUCAGAGCUGAACGUGAUGGAGAACGAAUCUUUGGACGGAUGGGUGGAGAAAUACAAGAACUUCUCCGGGUACCCUGUCGUGGGAAAGGUCGUGACGCCUCCGGCACAUCCGCGAGAAUUUUCUUUGGAAGAGCUGCGGCCGUUCGAUGGGACCAGCGACAUCCCAGAGGGUCAUGCCGCACCUCCCAUCUACGUGGGAGUGAGGGGAAAGGUGUAUGAUAUGUCCUACGGGGGGACAGAAAUGUACGGUCCCGGGAAAUCUUACAACCUCUUCGCCGGGAGAGAUGCGUCCGUGGCACUAGCAAAGAUGUCGUUCGCCCCAGAGCACCUGGACAACCCAGACAUGAGCACUUUGAGCGAGGAGGACAUGACGGUGCUGCAGGACUGGGCAUCCAAGAUGGAAAAGAAGUAUCCGGUCGUCGGCACCAUCGCCAACAGUGCACCGUAAAGGCUGCUGCUGUUGUCAAGAGAUUGUGGCAUUUCUCUCGUGCGCCAUUAUCGUGGGUUAGGGGGCAGAAUCUUUCGGCGAGUCGUGCCAUGAAACUAUCGACGGUAUGAGGCAUUAGACCCAAGGUGUUGUCUACGAACUCGCGUGCGGCCAUGUUGAUGAUACUCGGAGUAUGAUCGAAAUCACCAUGGACCCUCGUUAUGCACGGUGUUGGAAGGUUCUGCUCUAGACGAUAUGAAGCGGCUGUACUCGCCACACAUACCCAGGCAUCUCUCUCCGCUCUCCUUUGCGAAGACUCUUUGCUAGGCACCACCGCCAUUAUGAGUGCGCUGGUGCUGUUCUAGCUGCUCGCUCUGUUGUCCUCUGUGCCUCAGACCCUCCUCUUGGCACGCGGGGGGGGGAGGGGGUCAAACUUGAUCAGCUCCAUCCCUUCGGUUGUGUUGCCUCCCUUCAGUCCAUCGAUCUUCGGGAUAGCUUACGGUAGAUAGGGUCCUUUUGCCUUCGAAAGUUGUUCUUGUUCUUGUUUUCGCGGACCCAAAGGGAUCGGAGCUGAGUUACCGCUGAGCGUGCGUACAGUGUUGAGAGUUGUUGCACCAAACGAUUUUCCCGCGAUUUUACACCGCUGUUAGUUUCACGUUUACAAUCUCUUGCACACCUGUUUGGGGUAGCCCUCUUGUUUAUGGAUUGCAUCGCACCUGGUGUGGCCGUCAAGAGGACGAAGUUUUGUUGAUGACUUGGCGUCGCCGCACUGUAGGCGCACCUCGUUACAUACAUGUGUUCGCGCUGAGCAUGGCGAAUGGUCAUGGCGAGAUUUUCAGGCUGUUUUCGUUGUACAUACGCAUAUACUUCAUUUCUAAUUAAGAAAAAGUGUUUUGUUUUUUUUGUUCCGGGCUUGGUCUAUACCUGGUACGUUGUUGUAUGCAUACCUCUCUCUCCUCUUUAGGGCCACGACUAGGCACUCCAUGUUCCGGAUUUACGUUGUGCUAGUUCUGUUUUUGUUCUGUACCUGGAUUCCGAGCGAGGUUACUAAGUGGUCGACCUACCUGCAGCAGAAGGGAUGAUCGGAUGCCCGCGAGUAAACGGGCGAAAAGCAAGCAGUGUUGGGCUUUGGGGCAAGCCUGGGGGGUGAUGUUUGCCUCCAACGGGGGAAGACGUCAAUAUACAACUCAAGCGGCGGGGGCCACGCCGUGCUAGUUACACCUGACUGCGCUGUGCCAAAAAAAAUGAAACUACUGCUGUAAAUGUGUCUACAUAUGUUC